UCGACGGAAGGAGGUGGGCAGCGGCGUCGCAGGUGCUCUCCUGCGGAGGCCAGCGGCUAGCGGGAGGGGGGAAUAUGGCGUCGGGUAGCCGUGUCCUGCGGCGGAUGCUGCACCUGUCGGCCGGGAACUGUCUCCUCCUCUUGCUGCUGCUCCUCCUCUUUCUCUGCGGCCAGCUCGGGGGAGGCCAGAAAAAGAAGGAGAAUCUUCUGGCUGAGAAGGUGGAACAGCUAAUGGAGUGGAGCUCAAGGCGCUCAGUCAUCCGCAUGAAUGGAGACAAAUUUCGAAGAUUUGUGAAGGCUCCACCUCGUAACUACUCCGUGAUAGUGAUGUUCACUGCUCUCCAGCCACAGCGGCAGUGCUCUGUUUGCAGGCAAGCUAAUGAAGAAUAUCAAGUUCUGGCUAAUUCAUGGCGCUAUUCGUCUGCUUUUUCAAACAAGCUGUUUUUCACAAUAGUUGAUUAUGAUGAAGGGGCGGAUGUUUUUCAACAGCUUAAUAUGAACUCUGCUCCGACUUUCAUGCAUUUUCCUCCAAAAGGUAAACCCAAGAGAGCUGACACAUUUGACCUGCAGAGAAUCGGAUUUGCGGCUGAACAGCUAGCGAAAUGGAUAGCUGACAGAACAGAUGUUCAUAUUAGAGUGUUCAGGCCUCCAAACUACUCUGGUACAAUUGCUCUGGCUCUUCUGGUAUCUCUUGUUGGUGGAUUGUUAUAUCUAAGAAGAAAUAAUUUAGAAUUCAUCUACAACAAAACUGGCUGGGCUAUGGCAGCUCUGUGUGUUGUGUUUGCUAUGACAUCUGGUCAGAUGUGGAAUCACAUCCGUGGACCCCCAUAUGCUCAUAAGAAUCCUCAGAACGGACAAGUGAGUUACAUACAUGGAAGCAGUCAGGCUCAGUUUGUUGCAGAAUCACACAUUAUUCUUCUACUGAAUGCUGCAAUUACCAUGGGAAUGGUACUCCUGAAUGAAGCUGCUACCUCCAAAGGGGAUGUUGGGAAGAGGAGAAUAAUAUGCCUGGUAGGCCUGGGUCUGGUGGUCUUUUUCUUCAGCUUCCUGUUGUCCAUAUUCCGCUCCAAAUACCAUGGCUACCCAUACAGCUUCUUAAUUAAGUGAAUUCAAGAGAGAGUCAUUUAGAGCUGCUUACCAUGAAGAUAACAUCAGUACCAGCUUAUCUGCCUGCCACUGUUAGACAUACUCAAGACUAUUUAGUUGGCUCAUCUGUUUCUGUGAUAAUUUGUAUAGUAUGCAGACAGAGAAAUGAAUACAGUUUUAUGCAAUGAAUGCUUAAUUUAUAGAUAUAUACCAUAAAUAUCUCAUUGGGAAGUACUAAAAUGUUAUGUAUAGUCUGUGCUCAAGAAUUUGAAUAAACUUCAUUAUAAUAGGCUUAAGGCUUUCAUAUUAAUUUUAGCACAAGAAUCCAAAGAGUUUUGUCAUGUUUUAAAUCUGAAGUUUGUUAAAUUGUUUUAAGAUGCGUUUUAGAAUAUGAUCAAAUAAUUGUUUUUUCAACUAAUGUUCAGAGAAAUACCAUAGUGGGAACUAUAAUGACUAGUAUGACAUGUAUCUUGCCAUUACUUUGCUCUGAAAGUGUAAGCUUAAGGAAUAAUAGGAUUCAGCUUAGAUUUAAUUUUAUUGAAUUGAUUGUACACUGAGCAUGCUAACACAGUGCUAUGGAGGAUUUUCUCCAAAACACACUGUAACCUUUGGUAGCUGUGAUGUUUCUAGAGGUAGUACAAUCUCAUAUUUUGUAGCUAACAUUAUCAGUCUUGGAUAAGUCACUUCUGUAUCUGCUCAUACCUCAUAUGAAAUGCUCUCAUAUGUAAGUAUAUACUUUUGUAUAUGCCUGCAUACUGUAUUUCAUGUGUAGCUCAGGAAACAAGAAUUGUAGACAUACGGUUUUUCCAAGUUCCAGUUCACUUUCACUGGCAUU